GUCAUGUUCAAUGUUGCCAGCACAUUAAGUCAAAACAAAAAUCUGUCAAAAACACAAAAUACACAGCACCGGCCAAGCAUUAAGUAUAAAUUUUCAAUUCAUUUUCAACAGUUGUUUAGCGCAGUGAAGGAGGAGCAUGGAGGAAUAUUCGCGAGAGCCGUGUCCCUAUCGCAUUGUGGACGACUCAGGUGGCGCCUUUGCCAUGGGCUGCUUUGGUGGCGGCAUCUUUCAGGCCAUCAAAGGAUUCCGCAAUGCACCCGAAGGCUUUGCGCGUCGCCUCAUCGGCUCAGUGGUGGCGGUCAAGACACGCUCGCCGGUCAUAGCGGGCAACUUUGCAGCUUGGGGCGGCAUGUUCAGCACAAUCGACUGCACCCUGGUGCACUUUCGCAAGAAGGAAGAUCCCUGGAACUCCAUCAUAAGCGGCGCUGCCACCGGCGGCAUUCUGGCAGCGCGCAAUGGCCUGGCCUCCAUGGCUGGCAGCGCCAUUAUCGGUGGCAUUUUGCUCUCACUGAUUGAGGGCGUGGGCAUUUUACUCACUCGCAUCUCGGCGGAUCAGUUUCGCAAUCCGGGUCCACCAAUCGAUGCGCCAGAUGCCAAUCUAGCCAUGUUAGAUGCAGACUCCAGCAAUUGCCAUUCGGCUUUGGCUCACGCACACCGAAUGUCAAUUCCUAAUUAGAAGACGCUAAGCUGUGAGCAUUGAUUUGGUUUUAGAGCAAAACGGUUGAGCUGAAAUGUGGUUUUGUGUGUUUUAAUGCAUUUUAUGUGGUCGAACCUUUAAUUCAACGAAAAACAAAUUGUAAGUCUGCGUCAAGCUAGGCCCAAACCAAUAAAUUAGGCAAUACAAAUUGAUUUUAAACUAAAAAGUCAUUU